GUUUUAUCGUGACACUCAUCUGUCGUGAACUUCACAGCAGCAGCGCCAUCCAGCGCUUCUUCACUGUAUUGCGUCAUGACGCACGGCGCGGCGGAAUGACGUCAACUACAGCCGACGGCGCUGCUCUUUUGCGUUUACUAGCCGUCCAGAUCGUCCGAAGAUUGAUCAAAUAUGUAUUAGGAAAUGACAGAUGUAGUGUUUUAUAAUAUUAUGGACUGGUCGAUGGUUUAGGGGAGAGAUUUGGCGACUCUGAUUUCUGCAAAAAUGAACAAAGGUUGGCUGGAGUUAGAAAGUGACCCGGGGUUGUUCACACUCUUGUUGGAAGACUUUGGUGUGAAGGGCGUUCAGGUGGAGGAAAUCUAUGAUCUUCAGAGCAAAUGCCAGAGUCCUGUUUAUGGCUUCAUCUUCCUCUUCAAGUGGAUCGAGGAGCGAAGAUCUCGGCGUAAAGUCUCCACGCUGGUGGAUGAAACCUCAGUUAUCGAUGACGAGAUUGUUAACGACAUGUUUUUUGCUCACCAAUUGAUACCGAACUCCUGUGCCACUCACGCUCUUCUGAGUGUGCUUCUGAACUGCAGCGGCGUGGAGCUGGGAACGACUCUGAGCCGUAUGAAGGCUUUCACCAAGGGCUUCAGUCCUGAGAGUAAAGGUUACGCCAUUGGAAACGCUCCUGAGCUGGCAAAAGCCCACAACAGCCAUGCCAGACCGGAGCCACGGCACCUGCCAGAGAAACAGAACGGCAUCAGUGCCGUGCGGACAAUGGAGGCAUUUCACUUCGUCAGUUAUGUGCCAAUCAAAGACCGGCUGUUUGAGCUGGACGGUCUGAAGGCAUAUCCCAUCGACCAUGGGCCGUGGGGUGAGGAUGAAGAGUGGACGGAUAAAGCCAGACGGGUCAUAAUGGAGCGAAUAGGACUGGCCACUGCUGGAGAGCCCUACCAUGACAUCCGGUUCAAUCUUAUGGCGGUGGUUCCAGAUCGCAGGUUAAAAUACGAGUCUAAGCUGGAGAUCCUGAAACGGAACAGGCAGAUCAUUCUGGAAGGGCUCCAGCAGGUUAGGGAGAAAAAAGUAAUUCAGAUGACCCAACAAGGUUCAGGCCAGGAUCGAAAGCAACAAGACUCCUCCUCCUCAGAAGACAUGCCUCCUGCUGUGAAAAAGGAGGAGGAGCAAGAUACGCCAAUACCUUUGUGUACAGAGCAGGCCACACCCACAGAAACUCAGGAAGGUGCCACUGCUCUCCCAAGUCCCGCUGGAAAAGUCAGACCCAUGGCUAAACCUGCCACCUUGCCUACAGGCGGCGCUCCGCCACCAGCCCCUCUACCUGUUCCCAGCCUCAACCCCAACCCCAAUCCCAUCGUCCAGCGUCUGCCAGCUUUCCUGGACAACCACAACUACGCCAAGUCCCCCAUGCAGGAAGAGGAGGAUCUUGCUGCAGGCGUGGGUCGCUCACGCCUACCUGGCCCCCCUCAGCCCACUUAUUCUGAUGAUGAGGAUUACUAUGAUGAUGAAGAGGAGGAGUGCAGCACUGCAGGUGCCACAAGCAGGUAUACAACUAUGAAAAAUUUUCAAAUUGGUCAUGCAGCAACGUUACCUCGGCAUAUUCACAAUGGUAAAAUGAAUUAUUUUAAUGGCGUUUUAGCUGAGAAACUCAAGAAGGAAGUCCAAAGGAAGGACUCCAUGGCUACAACAGGUUCCACACCUCUGAAUGUACGCACCGAGGGUCGCACAGGUGGGAUCAGCAUCACCUCGGCCUGCCAGCCGUCGCCCACGCCCAGUAACGAAAGCACGGAUACGGCCUCGGAAAUCGGAAGCGCGUUCAACUCACCCCUUCGCUCGCCCGCAAGAUCGCAAGCAGCUACACGGCCCUCCAGCCCUGUGGUGCCCCACUUGAGUCGUGUGCUGUUUGGAGAAGAGGAGGGGCUGCUUAGGUUAGAUGCCCGACACAAUCGAGCCGUCCGGGACUUGGGGGCGCUAGUGAGCUCCACGAUGCUGCGACUGCAAGAGGAUGGCGUCAUGUACGCCUUGCCAGCUACAGAAAUCUUGGAAGGGUUAAAGAAAGCAGGUGGUGUGGAGAAGAAAGAGAAAGAAGAGACGACUGGUCCAGGAGGAGAGGAGGAAGUGAAGGAAGGACCAUCAGUGGAGAUGAAACAGGAGGACGUCAAAGAGUCAGUGGACAUCAAACCAGACAAGAAGAACCUGCCAUCCAUCAAUGCAGAAACCAGCACCAAACCUCCUGGAGAAAAAUACACCCCUAAAGAGUUGCUGGCCUUGUUGAAGUAUGUGGAAGCUGACAUUGUCAACUAUGAAGUGUGUUUGAAAGAAGAAGUGGAGAAAAGGAAAAAGUAUAAGAUCGAUGACCAAAGGAGGACUCAUAACUAUGAUGAAUUCAUCUGCACCUUCAUAUCAAUGCUGGCACAAGAAGGUAUGUUAGCGAGUCUGGUGGAGCAGAACAUCUCUGUGCGUCGCAGACAGGGCGUAAGCAUUGGCCGGCUCCACAAACAACGCAAACCCGACCGGCGGAAACGUUCACGACCAUACAAAGCCAAGCGCCAAUAAAUGCUAAAAAAGAACCGAAUGGCAGCAACUCGACAACUCAAUCUUUCUGAAACAUUGUCCAGAUACAUUUCUGAAGAUGAACAACGAUACCAAACACCUCAUUGACAGUGUUAGAUAUUGAUUAAAAUAUAUAUAUAUAUUUUUUUUAUCGAGCUGUUUCACAUAAUAAACUGCCCAUGUACAAGUACAUCACCACCAGUGUUGGGCAAGUUACUCUGAAAAUGUAAUCAAAUUACUGAUUACUCCUUUUAAAAGUA